AUGGAACGCGGCGCCAUGGUCGGGGCCGGCCAGUACAGCCUCACCAAGACCUCCUCCAAUGCUAAUGCCCUGCAGCUGCCAGGCCCGCUGGCCCGCCCUCCACCACCGCAGCAGAUCUACGCGCAAUGCCCCAAGCUUUGCCUUGCUGCCGCCGCGGACGGAGCCAACCGUAUCCCCAGUCCCGUACAUAGUCCGCUCCGAAGCCCCAGCUCCAGCCUCGGCCCCGCGGCCGGCAGCCUAAAGCUCUUCUGCAGCGGCGUUGUCGGCGGCAUCGACCGGUGCCCCAGCCCCGGCCCCUGCAGCAGUCCAAGACAGAGCUUGACGCUCUUCCCCGGACGUGAAGAAUCCGCCGCCGUGGCCGCCGCCGCCGCCGCCGCCUCCCCGGGGGAAAGUGUCCCCAGUCCCCAGCGCAGCGACGCCACCGCCGCCGCCGCCGCCGCCGCCAGCUCGCCGUCAUCCUCCCCGGGGCGGCAGGGCUGGCUGGAGAAGGUCUACAGCGCCAAGAGCCUCUCCGCCCCCUCCGCCGCCGCUGCCGGCGACGACGUCGUGAGCGGCGUUGGCGUUGGCGCUGGCGCUGGCGGCGAGCUGGUAUCUCCGGGUCGCGGCGUGUCGGCUCCCGCGUGUCGUUCCCCGAGGGGUUCGCCGGGGCGAAACACACGGGGAAUAGGCCACGCGCACACUGAUGCCGCGUCGCCGUCGUUACCCAGCCGCAUGACCGGGGCUAGUCGUACGACAACCCCCCUGCAAUGUUUGUAUGGCCCCACGCCGACGCAGGCGCCUUUGGCCGUCGUGGCGUCGGCGUCAGAAGAUUGGUCAGAAGCCGCGACAGGAACUGGCGACGGCGGCGGCGCGGGGCCCCGCGAGUCUCUGGCGGUGAGGGAGGGGCUCCGGGCCUAUCUUAUGCUCUCGCCGCCGUCACCGUCGGCGUCGGUGUCGGCGGUGACGUUGGCGGCAGCGGCGGCGACAGGGAACUCCCCGUUGGCAUCUAACAGCAGCCUUGGAGAACGCAGCGCCGGCGGCAGCCCACGGCGCGGCAGCCCCGCCGCCAUCGCCGCCGCUGCUUCCGCUGCUUUGUCCAGGUCAUCUUCCGUAUCCUCCGUACACCUCACGCCCGCCGCAUCCCCAGGACGGCAGGCCGUCGUGGCACCUGCCGUACAACAAGUAACGGGUGCGGCCGCGGCCGCCACUGCUGACGUCAUGUCGUACCCUUGCGCUCCGCCACCGCGAUCUCCAUCGCGCUCGGCGGGUGAACUCUCGGACCGCUCCUCGACCACGUCUCCUGUCGCUGGAUCCGGAUCUGCCGUACUGGUACGGGGUCCUCAUGGGUCCCCCGCCCUUGCUUCCGCUACGGGCAAGAUCUCCCCUGUCGCCAGCCAGCCGUCAGCGGGUGGGGGGUUCGGGCGUGACGGAAGGACAGCGGCGGCGGCGUCAGCGGCGGGGCAGCGGAGUCCUGCUAGCGCCCCUCAGCCGCGGCAGCGGCAGCAGAAGGGUGGCGGUGGCGGUGGUAGUAGUGGUGGUGGCGUUCGGAGGGAGGAGCUACUGGACGAGGAGGAGGACCCGGCCGUGGUGGGUAGGAGCGCCAGCCGCCGUACUUCUGGAUCUGCCAGCGGCGGCGGCGGCGGCGGUAGCGGCGGCGGCGGCAGUAUUCCUUCCGUCCCCUCCACCCUGGCUGCCAGCAUCAGCAGCCGUCGGGCCUGGCACCGCGAAGGUCCCCCGGAGGAGUGGUGGACCGCCAAGCUCGCCAAGGCGGAUGCGGAGCGGAGGAAGCGGGAGGCGCAGCUCGCUGCGGACCUGCGGUACCUCCAACAGAUCCGAACUCGUACUACGGAGGUGCAGCACACGCACGAGGCUCUCUUGGCGCAGUCAGAGGAGGCGCUGAGGGCGGCACGGAGUGCCAAGGCCUCCACGGAGGCUCAGCACCGCUGGUUGCAGUACCAGGAUGCCGUUGCGGAGGGAGCUCGGAGACAUUUCGAGCACCUCACGAACCACAACUAA